AUGGCUUCUAGUGCGAGAGGCUGGGAGAUGAUCGAGAUUGUCGUGGUAUUGGUCGCUCUUUGUGUCAUCUGUGUGGGGCUGCGUGUAUUUGCUCGCCUGCGUCGAAGAGUUGGACUGGGAAUCGAUGACUAUCUCAGCAUGCUAUCAAUGGUGUUGAUGCUGGCUAUGUUGAUUGAAUUGGUUUUGUGGUGUACAAUUGGAGGAAAUGGCGCCCAUGUCAAAACACUGGAUAGCAAAACGAUUGAAAACUAUUACAAGAUUUUCCUGGCAAAUCAAUUCACCUACUUCGUACUGUGUCCCUCGAUCAAAAUAUCCAUCAUCUGCUUCUACCGCCGAGUAUUCGCCACAUGCCAAUUUCAAAGAUUCACAUUUGGUCUUAACUGUCUCAUCGCUGCCUGGGGUGCAGGUAUAUUCUUAGCCUGUGCCGGUCAAUGCCGACCUUUGCGCGCAUACUGGGAUAAAAGCAUCGAGGGCCACUGCUUCAACGCGAAUCUCUUUUUCAUUGUCAAUCAAGCCUUCAACGUGCUAAUGGAUUUCGUGAUACUCGCUCUCCCUGUCCCAAUGAUCUGGGGCCUCCACCGUGCGUGGCAAGACAAAUUGGCCCUCAAUGGUGUCUUCGCACUAGGCGCUUUUGUCUGCUUCGCCAGUAUCUAUCGCAUUGUGGUUCUAUUCUGGAUCAGCCCCAGCGAUCCAAACUAUACUGUCUACCAAGCUACGCUUUGGACUCAUAUUGAGCCAUCUGUUGGAUUAAUAUGUUCUUGUCUCCCUAUAGUUCGUGGACUGUUCCCGGCCUUCAAACUCAAGAAUCGUUCCAACCGAAGCAAUGCGCCUUACUAUAUCAAUACGGAUAUCAGCAAUACACAUAUACUGUCUAAGACUAGUCCGCUUUCGCCGGAUCCGGAGUAUAUGAAGAUGCAGUCUGCUAUCUAUGCUGGUGGAAAGAGGAAUUUCCUUGGGGAUGAGCUGCCGCUGAAUAUCCAGGUGCAGACAGAUAUUGCUGUUAUGUCGGAUAAUGAAUCUACAACUCAGCUGCAGGCACAUCAUUGA